GCGUGAUUCGUAUGUUCUCUGAUUGUCCGUCUCCAAAACAGGAUUUUCAGCAACUUUUCUCCCCUAUAGCAGUCCCAGACGAUAGCGAAGCAUGUCAGCAGCGGCCAACAGCUCGGCUGACCCGAGAAGACCCAACAAAGUCGUCAGGUACAAGCCCCCGUCGCAGGAGCGUCUAGAUGACCCCACCCCAGACUACAUGAACCUGCUGGGGAUGAUCUUCAGCAUGUGUGGGCUCAUGAUGAAGAUGAAGUGGUGUGCCUGGGCUGCUGUCUACUGUGCCUUCAUCAGUUUUGCCAACUCCAGGUCGUCAGAGGACACCAAACAGAUGCUCAGUAGUUUCAUGUUGUCCAUCUCAGCAGUAGUGAUGUCCUACCUACAGAACCCCCAGCCCAUGCAACCUCCAUGGUGACACAGAACAGUGUAGAACAGUCUAGAACACUCUUUAGCAAAUCAUCAAUUGUUAUAAUGGCACAUCAAGCAAAAUUUUUAAAGCUUCAAAGUACAGACAAGAGGCGGUUUGCUGGCGCCAUUGGAUGUCUCUGCGUAGGAGAAUGAAUUUCACGUGAUAGCAAGCUAUUUCUAGUCUCAAUCCUCCUCAACUAAUGGUCCUGCUUCUUUGCCUAAAAGAAUGUCGAUUUGGCUCAUAACUGGAUAUAGUUUCGAGUCCCCAACCUACAGAAUAUGAAUUGUUUAAAAGACUGUCAUCUCAUAUUGCAUGAACUUCUGAUAUUUUAGUGCUUGGUUAGCUCUUGUUUAGCUAGGUUAGUUAUUUAAAGCAAAUAAUUACAAAUCCUGAAAUGGAAUAACACAUACAUUGUACAAAUGUACAUGUGUGACAUUACAAACCCUGCAAUGCUUGUGAAAACCUCUCUUUUUAACUGAAAUGAAAUGCUACAGGAGAAAUAUCAUCUCUGAUUAUCAAAGGUCCUACAUUAUAUUUGAAGUUAAUUUCUGUAUGAAUAAUUAUCAACAUUGUAUGAUACCAAACAAGAUGAAAUGAUACUUGAAUGCAAGUUCAUCUGUGAUGGUAGUUAACAUGAAAGAUGAAAUGAUAAAAACAUGAAUUCUGUAAAUCUGUUGCAUAUCUGAUGAGACUAGUUGGACAUACUGUGUAAUCUUGGUUUGAGACUUUGCAAUAAAUAAAUACAUUACCCCCACUA